ACGUUUAUUUACUUGUACCCGCUGCGGUACAGACUGAAUGCGCUUGGAGGCGAUACAGCUUACAGCGAUACCGUGAAUAACGGACAGUCCGUGCUAACCCCUCCGUCCAAGGACAAGGAUAUUUUGAUCACACGGCGAAGAUCUGAUGGUGUGUCGGAGCCGCGAGCAGAAGGAGGAGAUAGAUUACCCUUUAACGGCGCCGAUGGAAUUAAUCGGGGUUGUUAAUCUGGCGCAGAUAACGGGGCAGAAUGCGCGUGUGUGAUGCGGCCGAGCGCGCGCGCUGCGCCGCUGCAGUAUCCGCGCAGAGGCGCGUGAGCCCCCGGCUUCAGGUCGACCGUCGAUUUUGUGUGUUGUUUUGGUGAAUAUGUGUCGAAGUGACGUGAAAAUGGUGCUGUAAACAAACAAAGAGGGUGUUACAUAUAGUUGUAUUAAAGCAUAUCUGUUUAUAAGUGUCAGUUAGAGGGGUUGGUUUUGUUAAAAUGAGCCAGCGCAGAAUGUCUGCGUCUCCACAGCGCUUAUAAACGGGUGGGAUAGCCGGUCUGGGCCGUUAUCUGGAGGCUUUAGUGUUUUCGUACAGAAAGGAAGUAGUCAGUGAUAAGCCGCAGCCGGUUUAUCUGAGAGUCUGUUAUGUUCGUGUGUCAGUGUGCGUCUGUGUACUAGACGCGCUGAGCUCACGCUGCCCGUCAGGAUGGCAUCCGGCGCUGGUGGGGAGGCGGGGGGAGGGGGCCUCGCACCCGUGAAACCGUUCCCGUACUUGUGUGAGGAGUCUACUCAGGGUUUGAAAUCUAAAAGCCUUCCCGUGCUCAGCGGCAGCCAGGCUCCGGAGAAGGACGCGGAUCAGACUCUGCUCUCUGCCCCGCACAGCUCGCCCCGGUGCGGCUCCCCCGUCAGGACAGAGUGUCGUGAGCCGGAGGGUCGCGGCGCUGCUGCUGCGCUCUUGACGUUCCGGCUGCCGUGGGUGCCGGUGAGGCGCUAUGUGGACGGGAUCCUGUCGGACUCGCGCUGCUUUCUGUUCUGCAUGUGUUACCUCACCUUCAUUCAGUCGCUGAUGGUGUCCGGCUAUCUCAGCAGUGUCAUCACCACCAUAGAAAAGCGGUACAGUCUGCGGAGCUCAGAGUCGGGUCUGCUGGUCAGCUGUUUUGACAUCGGUAGUCUCCUCGUUGUGGUCUUUAUCAGCUACUUUGGUGGGCGGGGUCAGAGGCCGCGCUGGUUGGCCGUAGGGGGUGUGUUCAUCGCUGUUGGCGCCGCCCUCUUCUCCCUACCUCACUUCAUCUCUCCGCCAUAUCAGCUAGAGGAGCUGAACAGCACAGUAGGAGGAGAGGGGCUCUGUGCCAGCGGGAAUGUCAGCGGGCAGGAGAGGCCGGCACUGUCCAGGUGCCAGCGGGACCGCGAGGAGAGUGAACACGCCCUGUAUGUGGCACUGUUCAUCUGCGCUCAGAUCCUCGUGGGAAUGGGAUCCACUCCCAUAUACACCCUUGGACCAACUUACUUGGAUGACAAUGUGAAGAAGGAAAACGCAUCCCUGUACCUAGCUAUCAUGUACGUAAUGGGAGCUCUCGGACCAGCCGCUGGGUAUCUGCUGGGUGGAAUUCUAAUCGGAUUCUAUGUCGACCCCGGUACCAUUGUCAAUAUUGACCAGAGCGACCCACGUUUUGUAGGAAACUGGUGGAGUGGGUUUCUCUUGUGUGCUGUGGCAAUGUUGUUGGUGAUCUUCCCCAUGUUUUCCUUCCCUAAAAAACUUCCACCACGGCACAAGAAAAGUAAAAGGCGUGGAAAAAAGGGAGCAGGUGAUGUCUCCAGUGAUGACGAGAUGAUGAAGGAAAAGAGCCAGGCUGUCUCGUCCUCCAUGGGUUUUGGUAAAAAUAUCAAAGAUUUGCCAAAAGCAGCAGUGCGUAUACUGAGUAACGUGACGUUUUUAUUUGUAAGUUUGUCGUAUACGGCGGAAUGUGCCAUUGUCACGGCCUUCAUCACUUUCAUUCCCAAAUUUAUUGAAUCUCAAUUUGGUGUUCCAGCAUCUAAUGCCAGUAUAUACACAGGUCUGAUCAUCGUACCCAGUGCGGGUGUCGGUAUAGUUUUAGGUGGGUACAUCAUUAAGAAACUGAAGCUGGGUGAAAGAGAAGCAGCAAAGCUGGCCAUGAUCUGCAGCGGCGUGUCUUUGCUAUGCUUUUCCACUCUCUUCAUUGUCGGCUGCGAGAGCAUCAACCUUGGUGGAAUCAAUAUCCCUUACACCACCGGGCCGACGCUGACUCUUUCUCACCGAAACCUGACGGGUAGUUGUAACGUCAACUGUGGCUGCAGGAUUCAUGAGUAUGCGCCUGUCUGUGGCUCUGAUGGCAUCACCUACUUUAACCCAUGUCUGGCUGGCUGCAGCAACAUCGCCAACCAAACCUCAGGAAUCAGAAACUAUUCGGACUGCGCAUGCGUUCAGAGCAGACAGGUGAUUACGCCGUCGGGAGGAAACCACGAUCUGCAGGUGGUGAUUGUAAAGACAUACCUGAACGAGAACGGUUUCGCACUGGCAGGAAAGUGUGAGAGAACAUGUGGAACGCUCAUCACCUUCCUCAUCUUUCUCUUCAUCGUCACUCUCAUCACUGCCUGCGCUCAGCCGUCCGUCAUCAUCGUUACGCUCAGGUCAGUGGAGGAAGAGGACAGGCCAUUUGCUCUGGGAAUGCAGUUUGUUCUUCUCAGGACUCUUGCCUACAUCCCCACUCCUAUCUAUUUUGGAGCUGUGAUUGACACCACCUGUAUGCUGUGGCAGCAGGAUUGUGGUUUCCAUGGGUCCUGUUGGGAGUACGAUGUCACUUCCCUCCGCUUUGUUUACUUUGGGCUGGCGGCAAGCUUGAAGUUCCUGGGCUUCCUGUUCAUCUUCCUCACCUGGUAUUCGCUGAAACGGCGCGAGGAACAGACGCACACUCACACGCACGCUCACACGCUUUCCCCGCUGGACACGGUGAGCCACCUUAUCUGUCACGCAGGAGGUCACAAAGGCCACGCCCGCACACGCUCCUGUCCUGUCUUCCUGCCACGCCCACCUGAACACCCCCACCCUGCCAUGCAAACUGGACACGCCCUUAGCCGUGGCAACAGUUGCCCUGGCAAUGGCCUGAAAGCAAUAACUCCACCCAUACGGUCACUUGAAAAAGUUGCGGUGUGAAGAUUGGAGCCAUGCACACACACACAUACACAGUCACACUCACACUCGCUCAUACACAUGCAUGCAAACAUCAUACAAUUAUGAGGGCCGAUUAUGUAAAUGAAAACAUACCACACCGCUUAUAGCCAUUGCUGGUGCCUUUUUUUUAAACACACACACUUCAAAGACACAUUAUCACAGGAUUUUUGUGAAGCACUGAUUAGUAAUAAAACUUUUUUGACACAAUACCUCAGCAGGACGAAUACCUCUGUUCAUCACAUAGAAAAUACAAACAUACUCGAACACAUAUAACUUAGUCAUCUCAUCUAGUUACCUAUAGUGUUAGUUGUGUACAUACUCUUUUGCUUCUCCUGUACAGCAGACAGAUACAUGUACUUGUUUACCUCAUUGAUUCAUCCGUUAAUUUUUCAUCAAUGAAGGGAAAGAGACUGCAAAUUUUACUAUGCAAACUCCUCCCAUCACACCGACUACUUCUGAAUCACAUUAGCUGCUGUCAAGCUUCAAACCCCUUCCCCUAAAACAACUUCUCUACCCACGCUCAGAGUGGAAACUCCUUCCACCGCACUCUUCCUGAAUCACAUUAGCCCCUCCCCUAAACAACCUCAAAUGCAACCAUUUUUUCUACACCCAGACUGUAAACUCUUUCCACAGUACUGACUUCAGGUGUGUUCGCCUUGAAGCGGCACUGCACAGAUUGAUUGGUGUAUGACUUCAUAGUAACAUGAGAGUUAUGGACAGCAGACUGCUAUUUAUGCUUUCAAAUUGCUUUCAUGGUACUUUGAUGUCAUUCACUGAUCGGACUGUGCACAUACCUUUAUCCUCCCAUACUUUAAACCCCUCCCUUCCAACUCUUUUGGCCACACCCAUAUUGUAAACUCAUCCCACAGUACUGACUCCUCCUGAAUUUCAAUAGCCCCUCCCCUCCCCUAAAACAACCUCUCUUCCAACUAUAUUGACCACUCCUAGAGUAUAAACUCCUCCCAUUAUUAAAUCCACACAAGCUGUGGCCCUUUCCAAACUUUAAACUCCUCUUAAACAAUCUCUCUGCUGACAACUUAAGUCACACCCACAAUGUAAACUUCUCCUGCCAGACUCCUACUGAAUGGCAUUAGCCCCUCCCAAACUUCAAACCACUCCCUUAAAUAAAUGUCUGUACAAAUUUUAAAUGUACACAAGCUGUGGCCCCUCCCAAAUGUCCAAUUCCUUCCCUAAAACAACCUUCCUGCCAACAAUUUAAGUCACUCCCACAGUGUAAGCUCCUCCUGCCACACUGAUUCCUCCUGAAUGACAUUAGCCCCUCCCAAAUGUUAAACCCCUCACUUAAACAACCUUCCUACCAACUUUUUGGCCACACCUACACUGUAAUCUCCUCCCACAGUACUGAUUUCUCCUGAAUCACAAUAGCCCCUGUCAAACUGUGAAAACCCCUCUCCUAAAACAACCUCUCUACCAACAAUUUAAGCCACACCCACAAUGUAUGCUCCUCCCACCCCAAUGACUCCAUCUGAAUGACAUUAGCCCUUCCCAAACAUCAAACCAAUUCUAUCCAUUUCUACCAAUUAUAUUUACCACACCCAGAGUGUGAACUCCUCCCACAGUAUUUAUUCCAUGUAAGCUGUGGCCCCUACCAAACUUCAAACUCCUCUAAAACAACCUCACUGCCAACAAAUUAAGCUACACCCACAAUGUAUUCUUCACUGCACGGACUCCUCCUGAGUCACAUUAGCCCCUUCCCUAAACAACCUUCAUACCAACCAUUUUUUCCACACCCAGACUGUAAUCCCACAGACUCCUCUGGAAUCACAAUAGCUCCUCCCAAACUUUAAAACCCCUCCCUUAACAAUUUAAGCCACACCCAUAAUGUGUGCUACUCCCACCCCACUGACUCCUCCUGAAUGACAUUAGCCCCUCUCAAACAUCAAACCACUCCCUUAGAACAACCUUUUUACCAACUAUAUUUAGUGUAAACUCCACCCACAGCAUUGACUGUGGCCCCUCCCAAACUUUAAACUCCUCCCUUCCAAUGGUUUUGGCCACACCCAUACUCUAAACUCCUCCCACAGUACUGACUCCUCCUGAAUCACAAUAGCUACUCCCAAACUUUAAACUCCUCCCCUAAAACAUCUUCUCUACCAACCAUAUUGACCACUCCUAUAGUGUAAACUUUUCCCACAGUAUUGACUCCACAAAGCUGUGGCCCCUCCCACACAGUGUAUGCUCCUCCCACUUCACUGACUCCUCCUGAAUGACAUUAGCCCCUCCCAAACUUCAAACCACUCCCUUAAAACAACUUUUCUACCAACUAUGUUUACCACGCCUAAAGUGUAAACUCCUCCCACAGUAUCAGCUGUGGCCCCUCCCAAUCUUUAAACCCCGCCUACUGUUUUUGACUCCACCUUGUUCCAUUUAUUUUUCAGCUGUUAUCUUGUGUGCUGUAUUAAAUGUUUAGCUUGUUAGUCCUACAAUGACAGUGUUUUUGCAACAGUUGGUACAGUGCACACAUCUGUUAAGUUUUCUGUCUUUUUUCAUGACUUUUGUGCAUCAUAUCAGUAUUUGAAAUGUUUCCUUCUGUUGGUCUUGCUCGUAAGCAGUCAUCUUAGUAAAUAACAUGCACAAAUACACAUAUAAAGGAGACACGUCAUCUCAUGUUCACACAUCAUGUAUACUCCUGAAAACAUGCUCUCACACCCCUGUAGAUGAUGAUCUGUUUGUGCUGAAAUUGAGCCAGUGUUUGUGGUGUCAACAGUAAUGCAAGUGUCAACUGUCAACACCAGCUCUGAGCAGAAUUCAGCUUCAUUCCUGAUCAUUGCAAGACUUCAGUAGAAACAGAGCAGAAAACACAAGUACUGAACUACUGCUGAGGAAACAGUAUUUUAAUUGCCUCUCCUUCUUUUUGCCGACCCUUCCUAUGUUACUGUGCUCUGUUUGCGAACAGAAGACACGUUGAUACAAUUAUUUAUUUAAAGUUACUUGAAGGUUUGCCUAAGGUUUGCAAACCUGGUUUAAUUCUUUAUUAACUGUUUUGGUUUACUUGUACAAAUAAAUGAUUUGUGUCAAUAAAAUGUGUAAAUAAAAUGAUUUUGAUUGUG